AUGUCUUCGACGGCGAUAAAUCAGGUGUCUGAGUUGCUGGGUGAGACGGGCACUCCAGACACUCCACACCAUCCAGCGCCGGCCUUGCAAGACACUACCCCACCAGGAGACGGCGAUGAUGACGAUACCUCUUCUCAUGCCGAGUCGGUCUUCUCCUUGCCGGAGAAGCCCCCAAAGGCGAAAGCACUGACAGCCCGGAGGAUCUUCGAUAAUGCGCGUUUCGAUGAUUGGCAGAGAGACCAAAGGCGGCAGGUCUACGGCCCCCUUUCCAACUCAGCCAUCAGAGACGAGUCCAAGUCCGCGGCUUGGCUUGUGCGCGAAGCAGAACGCGAGAAGAUCAUUGCGAGCCCAAGAGAGUAUCAGACUGAGCUCUUCGAGAGGGCCAAGAGCAAGAACAUCAUUGCUGUUCUGGAUACUGGAACCGGAAAGACACUUAUCGCCGCACUGCUCCUACGCCAUACCAUAGCACAGGAGCUGGAAGACCGGGAUGCGGGUCAACCACCGCGAAUGUCUUUUUUCUUGGUCGACAAGGUGGCCUUGGUAUUUCAACAGUAUGAGGUUCUCAAAGCGAACCUCGACCAUCCCGUUGAGAAAUUCACUGGAGCUUCGGGCACAUCUACCCUCACACCAGAGCUAUGGAAUCAACAGUUUGAAAAAAAGAUGGUGAUAGUCUGCACUCCAGAGAUCCUAUACCACUGUUUGCACCAUGCUUUCGUCAAGAUGGAGCAAAUCAAUCUCUUGAUAUUCGACGAGGCGCACCACGCAAAGAAAAACCAUCCGUACGCACGGAUCGUCAAGGAUUUCUACGCUGCCCUGGAGACAAGAGACGGAAGACGACCUCGCAUCCUAGGCAUGACGGCAUCGCCUGUCGAUGCCAAAACCGACGUCACCACCGCCGCUGCACAGCUGGAGGGGCUUCUCCACUGCGAGAUAGCAACUGUGGAUGACACAACUGUGUAUGAGAAGUCCUCGAUCAAUAAGCCAAAGGAAGACAUGAUUGAGUAUUCCAAGAUGACGACGCCUUUCGAGACAUUGCUCUGGAAGAAGCUAUACGGACUCGUCGGACAUAAUGAGGCAUUUGCGCGUAUGUUCACGUACGCGAAGGAGUGCACGACUGAGCUAGGUCGCUGGUGUGCAGACCGGGUAUGGCAGCUAUGCCUGACAUACGAAGAGGCUCUGAAGAUCGAGGCCAGGACAGAACGCGACUUCAACUACACCAAAUCGCUCCGUCCCAUGUCCGAACUCGAUGCUGAACGAUCAGCAGUUCGAGAAGCAUACCAGCUUGUGCUGGACCACCAAUUCGUCGACGUCGAGAACCAUGCUUUCCAUGUGUCUGACAAGGUCGCAUCGCUCAUCCGAACGCUGGAAAAGAACUUCGACCCCGACACAGACAAAUGCAUUGUUUUCGUGGAGCAGCGGCUUCCGGUCAGACUGCUCACUGACCUUUUCAAGCAGCGUACUCUUGGUAUCUUCGGGUUGAGGUCAGGCAUGCUUAUAGGUGCUGCGAGCAGUGUCAGCGGAGACAUGGGCAUGUCCAUGAAAGAGCAGGUCCUGACUAUGCAUCAAUUUCGACACGGGGACUUGAACAUCAUAUUCGCGACAAGCAUCGGUGAAGAAGGGAUUGACAUUCCCGACUGUAAUAUGAUCAUCCGGUUUGAUCUCUGCAAGACGAUGAUUCAAUACAUCCAAUCAAGGGGUCGAGCCAGACAAAAGAAUUCGAAAUUCUUCCAGAUGAUCGAGUUCGCCAAUCACAGCCAUGUUCAAUCGGUCUUUGAAAACAGAGACAACGAGUACAGGCUGCGGCGGUUCUGUGCCACGCUGGCGGAAGACCGUCUUGUCGCUGCGAGUGACUACGACAUCGAUUAUUUCCUAUCCAAGGAGAAAACGCACCGUACCUACGUGGUGAAAGCGACCGGAGCGAAAUUGACCUAUCAGAUCAGCCUGGUGGUUCUGGCGACCUUCGUCUCCUCCUUGCCACACCCAGCAGACGUCAGCUCCAGCGCCGAGUACAUCAUGCGGAACAUCGGGGGAGAGUAUGAAUGCGAGGUUCUCCUUCCAGAUAGCGCCCCUGUCAAAAGCGCUAUUGGACGGCGUGCACCUUCCAAACAGGUGGCAAAGUGCUCUGCUGCAUUCGAGAUGUGUCUGAAGUUAAAGAGAAAGAAGCACCUUGACGACUACUUCCAAUCGACCUUCACCAAGAGACUUCCUGCCAUGCGGAAUGCACGCCUCGCGAUCAGUUCAAAAAAGCGGGCAGGGUACCCCAUGCGGUUCAAGCCGGACGUAUGGGCGAACCGUGGAAUUCCCGAAGACCUCUUUGUCACUGUCUUGAGGCUUUCGAGCCCAGAAGCUAUGGACCGGUCUUCCAAACCCAUGGCACUACUCACAAGACAACCAUUACCUCAAGUGACCGGGUUUCCCUUGUUCUUCGGGAAUAAGCGAACCUCCGGAGCGCACUUCAUCCCCCUGCCUCGUGCCACCAAGUCCUCAGAUGAACUGCUCGAUGGACUCAAUCAGUUCACGCUGAGAGUCUUCAAGGACGUAUUCAGCAAAGAAUACAAGUCAGAGCCAGAGAAAAUGCCUUAUUUUCUGGCACCUCUCAUCCAUCCACAUGACUUUGAUUAUGAGAGCAUCACCGUUGACCCUCAUACCAUCAUUGAUUGGCAGUGCAUCUCCAUGGUGCAGAACACCCCAGAUGACAUCGACUGGGAGAACAAGCCGGAGGAGGUUUUUGAAGACAAGUUCGUUCGUGAUCCGCACGAUGGUUCUCGUAAAUUCUACACACUUGGUCGGCGCCGCGAUCUCAAGCCUACUGAUCCCCAGCUGCCAGGGCUCCCGAAAGGACAGCACAAGAAGAAGGCCCACCACCAAGAAACUCCAGAUGAUAUCUGGAACUUCAGUGUCAGCCUGUGGUCUAAGAGUCGUACCAAGAUAACCAUUCGCCAUGAUCUUCCCGUGGUGGAAGCCGUGUACAUACCUCUCCGCCGGAAUCUGCUGGAUGAGUUCGAUGUGGCAGAUGAAGUCCAACGAAGAUGCUAUUUAGUCUUUGCGACUUUGAAGCUUUCCUCUCUCCCUGUAGACUUCGUUGCCAUGGUGUACAAUCUGCCGGCCAUCAUUUACCGGUUAGAUUCUAACCUCAUUGCUCUGGAGACGUGCAAAUCUCUCGGUCUAGACAUCCGGCCGGAUCUAGCCCUCGAAGCAAUGACCAAGGAUAGCGAAAACACUGAGGAGCACGCGGAAGAACAGGUUAACCUACAACACGGUAUGGGAGCGAACUACGAACGUCUGGAGUUCCUUGGAGACUCAUUCCUCAAGAUGAGCACGACCAUAGCUCUCUUUUCGCAGAUCCCCGACAGCGAUGAGUUCCAAUACCACGUCGAUCGUAUGGUUCUCAUUUGCAACCAGAACCUUUUCAAUAACGCACUUGAGAUGAAACUCGAGGAAUCGAUCCGAACCAAAGCUUUCAAUCGCCGACUAUGGUACCCAGAUGGUUUGGAGUUACUGAGAGGAAAACAACUAACCAGCAAUAUGGGCAAAAAGGGCGCUGGUAGCUCCGACCACGUCUUGGCAGACAAAUCCAUUGCUGAUGCCUGUGAAGCCCUUAUUGGCGCAUCGUACAUGACGACAUACCAGCAGAACGAUUUCGACAUGGCUAUUCAAGCCGUGACCAAGUUCGUCAACCACAAGCACCAUCAGAUGAUGAAGUGGAGUGAUUACUAUUUGGCAUACAAUAUUCCGGAGUGGCAGAUGGCUGAAAGCACAGCCGUGCAGAAAGAUCUCGCACGGCAGAUUGAAGCUCAACUUGGAUACAAGUUCAACUACCCUCGGCUUUUGCGCAGUGCCUUCAUGCACCCAUCUUACGGCACUAUCUACGAGCGAAUCCCCAGCUACCAGCGUCUCGAGUUUCUCGGUGAUGCUCUCCUUGACAUGGUCUGCGUGGACUUCCUCUACCAUCGGUUCCCUGGUGCCGAUCCCCAGUGGUUGACGGAGCACAAGAUGGCCAUGGUGUCCAACCAGUUCCUAGGCUGUCUCUGCGUAAAUCUAGGUUUCCAGAAGCAUAUGAUGUCCAUGACUGGUGGGUUGCAGAGAGAAAUCACCGAAUACGUCGUUGCCAUCACAGAUGCUCGCACCAAAGCCGAAGAGGAGGCAGAAUCUGCCAACCUUGAACGUACGGCAUAUGCCCGAAACUUCUGGGUCAAUGAGAAGAAACCUCCGAAGAGUCUGCCGGACGUGGUAGAGGCUUAUAUCGGCGCCGUCUUCGUUGACAGCGAAUACGACUAUGGCCAAGUGCAAGGUUUCUUCAACAGACAUAUUCGCUCCUACUUUGAAGACAUGCAUCAGUACGACACAUUUGCCAACAAGCACCCGGUCACGUUUCUGACCAACAGGCUCUCUCUCCAUUUCCACUGCAGGGACUGGCGCCUCAUGAUCAGUGAGGUGGAUGACGAGGAAAAUGCGUUCACCGACACGCAGGUCCUUUGCGGUGUGAUGAUUCAUGGCGAGGUUCGGGAGCACGCUAAAUCGGCCAGCGGCCGAUAUGCCAAAAUCAAGGCUGCUGAAAGGACCAUGAGCAUUCUGAAGGACAUGAGCGUGGAAGAGUUCAAGCAAAAGUACAGCUGCAAUUGCACGCCUAACGAGGUGUUGGCCGAAGGUUCGGAUCCUCUGGCACAUGCGACUGCCAUCUAG